AUGGACGUCCUCCUCUCAAUCCCACUCCUCUCCACCCUCCUGACGCCUUCAUGGUCGACGUCCAUGAACCUGCUUUUCUUCUACGCGACCUGGUCCACGCUAGUACUCGCCUAUGACCCCACCAAGAUCCACGCCUCGGCGCUCUUGGCCCUGCGCGUGAUCCUCUGGCUCGCGCCCUCGCUUCUCUUCCUCACGUUCGACUCGCUGCUACCGAGCCUCGCGUCGGAGAUCAAAUUUCCGGGCACUCGAUUAGCGCCCCGGCGCCCGCUGCGCCUCCUCGGCAUCGCGGUGGGAAACAUGCUCCUGGCCACCGGGGUCGAGGCCGCGCUCAGCUACGGAUUCCACCAGGCGACGGGCGACACCAUCUUUCGGACCUCGACGACGCUGCCGCUCCCAUGGCAGCUCUUCAAGCACAUCGCGACUCUGCUGGCGGCGCGCGAGGUCCUCACGUACUACAUCCAUCGAUUCGUCCUGCACGGCAAGAAGAGCGCGACGCUGACACGCUUGCAUGGCCAGUGGUGCCACGCGCAUCCCAUGUCCUCGCUGCAGCUCUACCUGGACCACCCGCUUCCGUUGCUCGUGCAUCGUCUGAUCCCCAUCAUGUUACCGGCCCUGGCGGUUCGGCCUCACCUCCUUACCUACAUGCUAUUCACCAUGAUUUGCACGCUCGAGGGCACGCUCACCAACUCGGGCUAUAGCAUUGUCCCAGGCAUCAUCCUCGGCGGCAUGGCGCGUCGUACUGCAGUGCACUACGCUACCAAAGGGGACGCCAACUACAGUCCCCUAGGAGUUCUAGAUUGGGCUCACGGCACUAGCAGAGGCGGCGAUGUGCUUGCUGAUAUCAAGGACGAGGCGGAGAAGCACGAUGUGAAGCGCCGGUCGGCUCGGAAGGUAAACAAGGGGGCAAGGGCGGUUCAAAACUCAAAGUGGUUGAACGAUGAUGAGUAG